UGCAUAUAACAUUGGUCCAGCAUAGAGGACGACCUUGAGCUUUUCGGUUUAUUUUGUCCGUACCAAGACACGCGCACAAAGUGAUCGACGGUGAAUAUCCGUCGUUUGUCGGAGCACCGAGACAAUCCGAUCUUGCCACAUUGGCAUUCGGAUCCGAUUCUCUGCCGUCAAAUCUCAGUCCGAUCGGAUUCGACGGCGCUGAUCUCCCCAAAAUUUUGAAAAAUUCAGAUAAUAGUUAUCAAGCUGAACCAACAGACCUAGUGUCCUACAAAUACUUGAUAUUGGAACAAAAGAUAUUAAGAAAGAUAUGGAUAUUGACAAUUGGCAUUCAGAAUUGGAAUAUGACCAGUGGUUACGACUCCCUGUAUCAGGUCCCAGACCAUCAGCUCGCUACAAGCAUGCUGCAGCAGUGGUUGAUGAAAAACUGUAUAUUUCUGGUGGAAGUCGUAAUGGUCGGUAUCUAUCUGAUGUUCAGGUCUUUGAUCUUAGAAGUUUGGCAUGGUCUGCUCUAAAACUGAAAAUGGAAUCGAAUGCUGAUAAAGUUGAAGAAAAUAACUUACAGGAAGUUUUUCCAGCCACCUCUGGUCACAAUAUGAUUAAGUGGGGAAACAAACUUCUUAUACUUGGUGGUCAUUCAAAGAAUUCUUCUGAUGGUGUAACAGUGAGGGCUAUUGAUCUCGAAACACAACAGUGCGGUGUUAUCAAGACCUCAGGAAAAGUUCCGGUGGCUCGUGGGGGACAAUCUGUAACACUGGUUGGCUCUAGAUUGAUAAUGUUUGGUGGAGAAGAUAGGAGCAGACAUCUGCUGAAUGAUGUCCAUGUUCUUGAUCUAGAUACAAUGACUUGGGAUGUGGUGGAGGCUACGCAGACACCUCCAGCUCCCAGAUUUGAUCAUACAGCUGCAGUGCAUGCGGAGCGCUACCUUCUCAUUUUUGGCGGUUGUUCGCAUUCAAUAUUUUUCAAUGAUCUUCACAUACUAGAUUUGCAAACUAUGGAGUGGUCCCAGCCACAAAUCCAAGGCGAUUUGGUGACUCCUAGGGCAGGGCAUGCUGGUACAACCAUUGAUGAAAACUGGUAUAUUGUUGGUGGUGGAGAUAAUAGAAGUGGUACCCCAGAAACCCUUGUGUUUAAUAUGUCUAAGCUUGGCUGGUCAGUGUUGACAAGGGUCAAGGAAAGGGAUCCUCUUGCUAGUGAGGGCCUCAAUGUUUGCUCAGCAUCAGUCAAUGGAGAGAAGCAUUUGGUCACUUUUGGUGGCUACAAUGGCAAGUAUAAUAAUGAGGUAUUCAUUAUGAAACCCAAGCCAACAGACUCAACACGCCCCAAGAUAUUUCAGUCACCCGCAGCAGCUGCUGCAGCAGCUUCUGUUACUGCUGCAUAUGCCUUGGCCAAAUCUGAAAAGUUGGAUUUCAUUGAAACAGAAGAUUCAAACUUUGGGGGAGUAAAAGAAAAUAAUUCUGCCCAGGAUUUUAGUAUUGAAAUCAAUGCAAUUAGAGAAGAAAAUAAAGUCUUGGAAUCUUCAGUUGCCGAAGUCAAAGCAGAAAAUUCUAGGCUCAAGGAAAAGAUUGAUGACAUCAAUGGUACCUAUGCUGAGUUGUCCAAGGAACUCCAUUCGGUCCAAGGUCAACUGGUAGUGGAAAGAUCAAGAUGCUCAAAACUGGAGGCACAAAUUGCAGAACUGCAAAAGAUGCUAGAGACUUUGCAGUCCAUAGAGGAUGAGGUGCAAUUACUCCGGCGCCAGAAAUCUAUGUUGGAACGUAAUAUGGAGGUGGCAGCUGCUCAAAGACAAGGUUCUGGAGGUGUGUGGCGAUGGAUAGCUGGAACACCCAAUACAUAAAAGUUGCUAGGUCAGUUCAUCUACAUUGAAAUGGGCAUUCAGCAGCCCUACCUAUUUCCCAAGCCACUGUAAUAAUAAGCAAUAUCUCUCAGAAUCAGAACAAUAUGUGCUCAAAGUUUCAGAGUAUCAAAAACAAAGGGAGAAAAUCUUGCAAGAUUUGCUGAAUCUACAACCUAAAUUAAGUUGCUUUAAGGAGAUGAGAUUAAACUGAGUAGCGGAAUUAUUUGUCUAUUGAGUCAAGUUGUGCCCUUUUUUCUUUUUGGAAUCGUACAAUUACUUACAUGUUGUAAUUUGUGUUUGAGUAUCUUUUUGCAUGCUAUAUGAUGGUAAUUGUUCUUUUGAUUACAA